GAUGUGAUUUUCAUCUUUUCUCUCUACUCUUCCUUUCACCUGCUCUCUUAUCAUUUCUUGCCAAAAAUACCCAAGAAUUUCCUCCCCAAUCAUGUCAGCUCAUGAUUUGCCUAAAGAUUCUGCCGAAGCCUCUUCCUCCGCCUCCGUUAACCACCGUCCUCAGCCGCAGUUGAGCCGCUACGAGUCCCAGAAACGCCGUGACUGGAACACUUUUGGACAGUACUUGAAGAACCAGAGACCACCGGUGUUACUCUCCCAGUGUAACUGCAACCAUGUGCUGGACUUUCUUAGGUACCUGGAUCAGUUUGGGAAGACUAAGGUUCAUCUGCAAGGGUGUGUGUUUUUCGGACAACCUGACCCGCCUGCUUCCUGUACUUGUCCGUUAAGGCAAGCUUGGGGGAGUCUGGAUGCACUGAUCGGAAGGCUGCGAGCAGCCUAUGAGGAGCAUGGAGGGUCCCCGGAGACAAACCCUUUUGGAAAUGGAGCGAUUCGGCUUUUUUUGCGGGAAGUGAGGGAUUGUCAGGCUAAGGCAAGAGGGAUUCCGUAUAAGAAGAAAAAGAAGAAGAAGAUCCAAACCAAGCCCAAGGAGGAAGCAAAGACAUCGAAUCAGAACUCUUAAAUGCACUCUCUUCUUCAAAAAAUUGGAUCGCUUCAGAUGAGGAGGGUAUGUAUAGGACAAGGCAGACUCAUAUUUGAAGCUGGACCAUUGCUUUGAUGUUCAGGCAUCUGAUGAAGUUGAGGAGUUUAGGUCUUAAUUUAAUAAAAAUAUUGUUACAGCAAAGCUGGUCUCCGUAGUAGUUCCAAUACUAUAAAGAAUUUUACCUCAUCAUUGUAAGUUAUUUAUUGCAGAGUUUGUUUUAAAGAGCGUAGAGUAACACUAUGUUUAGUUCUGUCACUUUUUUCUCUGGGGCUUGAAGAAGGAAUGGUUCUUUAGUAGGUCUAGAAUCUACGUGGCAAACGGGUAGUGCUUAAUUACCAAAUCCCACUUGAUUUUCGUUUUCUAAAUCAGUAGUUAUGUCGCAUUGAUUCUUCUGUAAAAUUGAAAUGUUAGUGAGAUAUAAAACACUUGAACUUUAGAGAAAAAAAAUAUGGGAUAUAGAAAAGAAAUUCGGGAUACAACUGAUCUUAUACAUUAACAAUGCAAGAAAAAAAAAAAGAGGACUUACAAAAAUCUAAUCCAAGUUAGAGAGUCUCAUUACUAAACAUAAGAGUUGAGCCAGAUGUAGGCUUAAGUAGAUAAAAAAGUUACAGUGAGUUCAAUUUUCGCCCCAGCAAAAAGAGGGAAUGGGAUGCAAAAACAAUUUUGAACUCUGGCAGCAUUAUCCACCAACUUCUCAAGUAAUUUGGAGGCCAGACUCAACUAGAACUGUAUGUAUAAAAUUCAAUAUUCUUCAAUUCCUGCCCCACCCAAUAAACAGUUGAAGCUCUGUCCCAUAAGUUAGCUAUAAAUAUCUGCAAGAAAG